UUAAAACUCUCGGUAUCGUUCGGAGGCUUUGAUCUCGUGUUGGGAGUGUCCAAACUCAACUGUAUAAUCGUCCGUCGUUAAAACGUGAAGAAGUAAAAAAAAAAUGGCGAUCUCUUUCAUGGUUACUUGUCACCUGAAGCAGCCUUACGCAUCUGCUUCUCCUACUCCUCAUGAUAAAGGAAGAGCAUGUAGAUACACGGGCCAAGCAGUGAGAGCUCUGCCGAUACGUGUGAUAACAGUGGGGAAAAAGAGAUCGGAAGGUGUUCGACUCUUGGUCGAUGAGUACAAGACCAAGCUUAAACCGUAUUGCUCCUUUGAGGAUUCUUUGGUUCGCUCCAAUCCUCGAAAUGCUCAGGAUGUUAGAGCUCAGGUUGAGGAUGAAGAAGUGGCUGUGAUGAAGCUUAUUGGGCCUGAUGUUUGGGUUGUGGUGCUUGACGAGAGAGGCCGUGACGUUGAUUCAGAACAGAUGGCUGAGUUACUUGGGGAUGCAGGCAAUAGUGGAGCUUCGAGGAUAUCGUUUUGUAUAGGUGGAGCUUAUGGACAUGGAAGUGAAGUGAGGAAGCGAGCUAAUGUGACCAUUAGACUCUCCUCCAUGGUCCUGAAUCAUCAGAUAGCUCUUGUUGUACUUAUGGAACAGCUUUACAGGGCAUGGACUAUUCUCAAGGGCCAAAAUUACCAUCAUUGAGGGUGUACAUGAAUCUACUUUUUGGGUUCUUUUAUUUUCGAGUUCUCCUGUCUAGAGAAACUACAUUGCUAAAUAUAGCUUCUCCGCCGAUAGUUGUAUCAGAGAUUGUUUAUUGAACGUCAAAUUUUACUUGCUUCUGAUCCAGUUCA